CUCAGAAAUGCUAUUACACACAUACUGACUCACUCACACACACACAUACACUCGCGCUCUCGAGCAAAUCCACACGCGCUGCCACAGCUCUGCGCGAGCACAGCAGUGCGCUUCAACACGCUCCUCUGUGCGUAACACCAGUUCCACUCCUGUCUGGCAGUUUAGACAAAACUUGAUGCCUUCUGAGUAUGAUCGAAUGACUUACAAGAGCAAGAAGAUAUCAGAACACUUAAGCUGUGUCCGGAGGGCAGCGUGUUUUAAGAAGACGAUUAAGGGAGAAAUCCCUGCGGAAACCUCUAUCAACCCAUCGGAGACCAAUAAGGCAAUGGAGCGCAAUAACGCACGCAAAUCCGUGACGGCUUCAUAACGGAAUACGGCUCCUCUAAUUUGUUUUAAAACAGGUUUUGUGACAAAGCAUGACUUUUUAUGAAUACAUGAAAUAGAUCAUGUCAUGCACAGUUUGCAUUUGCUGUGCGCAAUGGGCUCAACAGAACUGCAUUUGAAUAUGACAUUCUGAGCAUUAUAAAAUCAAAAAGGCUUAUUUCUGUGCUUUUCUUAGUCUGAAUUAUCGACAUUUGUUCCUUGAAGAAGAUCACUAGUUGAACACAGGUCACUUCUUCAAGGCAGCACAUUUUGGAAAGAUGGAUUUCUGGAUAUCUCACCAAGGGAUUGCAUUUAUCUUUUGCUUCGUUCUGAAAGUCAGCGCAAAAGAAACUGAGACAUGUGGAGGCCACCUGGAUGCCAGCGAUGCCGGUUACAUCACAUCUCCAGGAUACCCCCUGGAAUACCCGCCCCAUCAGAGCUGCCAGUGGGUGAUCAGCGCACCCGAACCCUCACAGCGCAUCGUGCUCAACUUCAACCCCCACUUUGAGCUGGAACGACUGGAUUGCAGGUAUGACUUCAUAGAGAUCCGAGAUGGGAAUUCUGAGUCUGCAGACCUGCUGGGAAAGCACUGCAGUAACAUCGCUCCUCCUGCCAUCAUUUCCUCCGGUCCCGUCAUCCACAUCAAGUUUGUGUCUGAUUAUGCGCACCAGGGUGCUGGAUUCUCCCUGCGCUACGAGAUCUACAAGACUGGAGCCGAGCACUGUUUCCGUAAUUUCAGUGCUCCGACUGGAGUGAUUGAGUCUCCCGGUUUCCCUGACAAGUACCCUCAUAAUUUGGAGUGCUCCUUCAUCAUCAUCGCUCCUCCUCAGACGGAGGUCACACUCACCUUCCAGACCUUUGACCUGGAAAACGACCCUUUGCUGAUGGGGGAAGGAGAAUGCAAGUACGACUGGCUGGACGUUUGGGACGGUCUACCACAAGUGGGACCCCUGAUCGGACGAUACUGUGGGACGAAGAUCCCUCCAGAGAUCCAGUCUUCCACAGGACUUCUGUCGCUUUCCUUCCAUACUGACAUGGCUGUGGCCAAAGAUGGUUUCUCUGCCCGCUAUAACAUGACUCACAAGGAAGUUAGUGACACAUUUCACUGCAGCAAUGCAUUUGGAAUGGAGUCUGGUAAGAUCUCUGAUGAUCAGAUCUCGGCCUCCACCUCGUUUUAUGAUGGUCGCUGGCAGCCCCGUCAGGCCCGUCUGAACAACGAGGACAACGCCUGGACGCCUGGUGAGGACAGUAACAAGGAAUACAUACAGGUGGAUCUUCAGUUCCUCAAGGUUCUGACCGGGAUCGCUACCCAAGGAGCCAUCUCCAAGGAGACCCUUAAGUCCUACUAUGUCACCACCUUCAAACUGGAAGUCAGCACUAAUGGAGAGGACUGGAUGAUGUAUCGGCAUGGCAAAAACCAUAAGAUUUUCCAUGCCAACACUGACCCAUCUGAGGUGGUUUUAAAUCGUAUUCCUCAGCCCGUUCUGGCCCGCUUUGUUCGUAUUCGACCCCAGACGUGGAAUAACGGCAUUGCACUACGCUUUGAGCUUUAUGGUUGCCAGAUUACAGAUGCUCCUUGUUCAGAGCUCCAGGGAAUGCUGUCCGGGCUCCUCCCUGAUUCCCAGAUCUCGGCCUCCUCAGUGAGGGACCUUCACUGGGUCCCUGGAGCAGCACGUCUGGUGGCCAGUAGAUCAGGAUGGUUUCCCGGCCCUGCCCAGCCUAUAGCUGGAGAAGAAUGGCUCCAGGUGGACCUCGGGACACACAAGACGGUGCGAGGAGUGAUAACCCAAGGAGCGCGUAGCGGGGAGGGAGGAACCAGCUCAGAGAACCGGGCUUUCGUACGGAAGUAUCGCCUAGCACACAGCCUGAAUGGGAAAGACUGGAACUUUGUAAUGGAUAGCAAGACUAGCAUGCCCAAGCUUUUUGAGGGAAACACACACUAUGACACCCCAGAGCUGAGACGUUUCGAGGAGCUGCCGGCACAGUUCAUCCGCAUCUAUCCGGAGCGCUGGUCUCCGGCAGGGAUCGGAAUGAGAAUGGAAGUCCUGGGCUGCAACCUGCCAGAAACCUCCACACCAGCUGUAGAGACAUCCAAACCAACUCAACCUUCCUCUGUAGAAACCACCACAACACAGAAACCCAGUCCUGUUACCAGCACUGCCCUGCCGUCUCACAAAGGACUGUGUGAUUUUGAGCAAGGAUUGUGUGGUUGGACCCUUGACCCUGAUUCUGACCUCAGCUGGGCGCUACACAGCUCCAGCAAAAGCACCGCCUUGGGUCAAAGUCAAGAUCUCUCCAUGGGCUCAAACAGUUUGGGAAACUACCUGUACAUUGAGGCCAGUCCUGAGACGCAGGGCCAGAAAGCCAGACUGUUCAGUCCCAGUGUGGAUCCCGACACCGGACCACUGUGUCUGAUGUUCUCCUAUCAGCUGGAGGAUCAGGCAACCCUGAGGGUCCUGCUGCAGAACAAACACCAAGAGGAAACCCUCCUCUGGUCCCUCCGUGGAGACCAGGAGCCCAUCUGGAAAGAAGGACGGACCAUCAUACCUCGAUCUCCAAAUGAAUUUCAGGUGGUAAUCGAAGGAUUUUUCCAGGGUACCAAAGGCCACAUUUGGAUCGAUAACAUCCACAUGAGUGUGAACACACCGCUGGAGGAGUGUACUCAGCCUUUUCCCGCUAUCCCUCCGGACAUGACCGGGGGAGCCCUGCCUGGCAAGAGUGAGCCAACAAUAGAUACCCUGUCAGUACCAGCUGUUUUGCCCAACUGGUAUUACAUAAUGGCUGGUGGAGGAGCCAUCUUGUUCCUGGUUAUUGUCAUUGUCAUGGCCGUUAGCUGUCGCCAUCUUACGGCCAGGAGGAACCAACCCACAAUGGCCUACUACAGCCCCCACAGUGCACAUUACCCAAACGGCGGCGUGCACAGGUCUGGGGUGACGCCCAAAUUGACUGUAUGGGUUGAGAAGGGUGAUGGGAAUUCCUACUGGUGAGAGACCUGGACUAAAGUUUUAGAGGUUUGUCUGCAAAUGCUGACUUCUUGAAGGAAGUCCUUGAUGAAGCAGAUCUCAGACUGAAGAGUUGGAGGAGAACGCUCCCGGAUGCUUGGAUUCGGAUGCAUCCAGAUGAACCCAACACUUCGAUUUUUCUGUUUCCUCAUUCUUUUCAUGUUCUUUUCUUUCUUGGAUACUAACGACCCUGUCUUACUGGUGUGCUCAGCUUGUUUACCACAUCUAGCCAGCUCAUACUCAUCUGGAGGGACCUUCUCCAAGAGUGAAUCCGUAUCCAGCCUCACGAUGGACGCCGAGGCAAGAGGACGUGUUGUCCAAUGACCUUAAUCACUGAUCCUGGACUGACUUUGAUCCAGUGCGCUGUACUUAUGUUAAAUCAAUGUGGUCAGAACAUUGUGGAGUUAAGAGCUGUUGCGGACAUGCUGUCUUACACAGUGUUUGCACUUUGACUAGUCCCUGAGAUUGAUUACGAGUACCUCUUUACCUUAUUAUUGCAGAACAAGGGAACAGACCUUUGGUGAAAGAGAGAACACAAAGCUUUCAGAUAAAUUAAAGCAUACAGGAGAGAGCUCCAAUACUGAGAAUGUGCUUCUUAGCACUUUUUGAAUACAACGCAAGCAUGAUUUAAUUAGUAAUAAGGGAAGGUAAAGUAUUGCAUAAAAGGUUUCUGCAUGUAAACAACUUGAGUUAAGUCUGAUAAAUGGAGAGUCCAUCUAAGAUGAUAUAUAAAUGAAAGCUGUCAUGAUGAAAAUUGCCUUUAAAGUCAACAUGAAAUCAAAAUUGAGUUUCUUAAUACAUGCUCUUAUUGUGAACAACUGAUCAGUUCCUAAGAGAAAAAAUGUUUGUGUAAUGAGUUUCCUUUUCUGCUGACGUCACUUAGAUUGUGCCAGUUAUUGGUUAACGUUAUUGGUAACUUGUUUUAGGCUGCUGUUGUAGGUAAUGCAGCCUUUCUAAAACCUUGCCUGUUGUCAAUAACGUAAUAAAGACGGCUUCAAAUGAUAGAUUUGACAGUUUUGACAUUGGGAUUCCCAAUCAAAAAGCUUCGUCAAAAGUGGCAGGAGUGUAGUAGUGCUCCACAAUCUACUGAAGGCCAACUUUUUACCACCCAAUUCAAAUUUUUAGGGUGUGUUUACACUUGGCAUGUUUGGUUUGAUUAAAAGUUUGUUUUCUGGCUCAAUUGCUCUGUUAGCGCAGUUCGUUUAAACAAGUGUGAGUGCUGCUAUCCGAACCCUGUUGCACGCCAAACAAGCGGACCGAUACUGCUGAAAAGUUGGGUCUCGGUCCGCUUCCAAACAAACUCUGGUGCGAUUCGAAUCAAAUAUGAACGCAACACGGACCAAAGACAUGUAAACAAACCAAAAGCUGGACAUGAUCUCACAAGAUGUGACCCUCAAAAGGACAGAAUGCUCAAGCAAUGUUGCCCAUCACAGUUCGGAACGGGCAUCAGAACCGCGUCUCCUCGAAACAGAUCUUCGUUUGCGUGUGUGACGGAAGGAUUCCUGCUAGGGAUGUCAAAAGAGUCGAUACUGAAAUUUAAAUAAAUACCAGCAUUACCUGAUAGCAUUUUGAGCACUUUUGAGCGAAUUCUUAAACACCUCUGAUUGGCAGUUGUGUUCACGCACUCAACAGAUAUGUCUGUGAUUGGCUACAAUGAUCAGCGCUUCAAAAACAUGUUGUAAAUAGACAUCUUUGACGCUCUUCACCAAGCACUUACACCGAUACACACAGGAGCAUUUGAAGGAAGGCUAAAUAUUUGGGAUCUGCUGAUCGACUGAUCCCCUGAUAGACUCCUGCUUUCAAACACUCAAAAGCUUUCUAUUUACAACAUGUUUUUGAAGCGUUGAUCAUUGUAGCCAAUCACAGACAUGUCUGUUGAGUGCAUGAAAACAAUGGAGGAUCUGCUCAACAGUGCUCAGAAUGCUAUGGUGAAAUGCUGGUAUCUGGUAAUGGUGGUAUUUUUAAAUUUUCAAUACCGACUUGGUACCGAAGUCGGCACUUUUGACAACCCUAAUUCCUGCCGCUGUUCUAACUAAUUUACACAUUUUAUAAGCUCUUCACAAGUUCUCAGCUGGUCAAAAUACCAACAUAUGUAGGCUACGCACAUACAACGAGCGCAUUUAUCCCAGCACACAGCAUUUUUUUGGAUGUUUGGUUAGUUUGACCAAUCAGGUUGUGAACGUAUCCCUCUGACUUUAGGUUCGGUGUUAAAAAUCCCAAUGUGAAUGCUAAGAAAACCAGGACUAAAAUGAACCGGACCAAACAGACUAAGUGAAGCGAACUACAAGUGUGCACACACCCUUUAUGAAUAAAAUUUAAAAGUCCAGUUUUUCUCACUUUAAUUGAAAAUGCAUCAUUAUGGAAGUAAAAUGGAUUGUGGGUGUUCUUUCAUGUUGACUUUAAACAUUGCAUUAGGCAUGGUUUUAUAUCAAUGAUGUGCUAAACUUAAAUGAAUUGAUGGCGCCACCUUUGAGAUGAGAGAAGGGGGAUUGUGUAAGGAAGUCUUCAUGUUUUGUGUUUAUUUCUGUGUUCUCUGUGGCAGUAUCUAGGUUACUCCUUUGUAUCUCGCAUUUCUCACAUUUUUUUUCCCCAAAGAUCCCCAAAACUGCGUUGGCGUGUGUUAUUCUGAGCAAACGCUUGCUGGUGUUGAGGCUCCAAAAACAAGUCUCAUAAACAAAGACAGCUGUUUCCUUUCUCCGAUGUUUCCAUGCAAUGAGGAAGCACUGAGCGCUGGGGUGGGAGAGAACUUUGUGCAGAUAUCAACACCUGGUAGCAAUUUUGGUUCACUGAAGCGUCGUGAAGCUUCAAGAGUGAUUAGUAGUGAAUGGUGUCCAAGACUGCUUUUUCAUAGCCAUGUUGAAUCAUUUAUUGAAUUAUUGAAUUAAGUAGUCAUUCAGUUUUAUAGGAUAAAGUAAUCAGUUCCGUAUUAGGACGGGGGUGAGCAUCACAAACAAACUGUGGCUGUGCCUUUUGAUUAUCGUGUGUAUAUUACUUAAAAGGAUAGUUCACCCAAAAAUGAAAAUUCAGUCAUCGUUUACUCACCCUCAUGUCAUUCCUAACCCGUAAGACUUUUGUUCAUCAUCGGAACACAAAUGAAGAUAUUGUUAAUGAAAUCUGAGAGCUUUCUGUCCUUCCAUUGACAGCUACACAACUACCACUUCAAUGCUUAAUAAUAUAAUUUUUUGUUCAAUUCUCAGUUGCAUUGGUGUAUAAUCAUAUAUUGUGGCAAGUCUGACGACAAAAAUGAUGGCAAUGAUUCUCAAAUAUGUCAUAACCAGAAUUUUCUGGUAUUUUUGUUCAUCACUUUGAUUUUAUAGAAAAACACAGUGUAAACAUUUUUCAUAUUCUUUUGUCUUUCACAUUUAAAAGAAAGUCAUAUAGGUUUGGAACGACAUGAGGCUGAGUGAAUGAUGACAGCAUUUCCAUUUUCAUGUGAACUAUACCUUUAAGAACAUUCAGCAGAUCUAGAAUUAAGGCUCAAAGUAGCUUAUUUCAUUAUGGGACAUAUAGAGCUGUUCAAAAUGGAAAUAAAAGGAUAAAGACCCCUGGCUCCUCAGGGGCUUUUUAAUACCAUUUCCUACUGUGAGGUGGUAAGAGAUGUUUUGGCACCGUCAAGCAAUGUGCUUUUAAAGCAGCCACUUUAUCGCUCUUUUCUUCCCUAAACUGUGUCCCCCACUUCUUUCUUCACUCUUAAUAUUUUUUAAUUAGUUAAUGGACCAGAUACCAUUUAUUAAAGCUGCUAUAGGCGUUCUGGCCCCUGCCCCGUGCCUCUCGUCGACUCGGGAAACCACAUUAAUGAGUGUGAGCUUUCUUGAGAACGGCGUCAACAUGUCACCCAGCACCUCGCUGCCAAACAGCCAUUCUUCUCGGGCGCUUAAAUGCAUCACGUAUACCGAACUGAGAAGCUUCUAAUAAAGCAAAACAGUCUAUUUUUCAAAGAGCGGAGGAUUGCGGUUGAUGCUCACACCCCUGCAAAUGACUCACCAACUUUUUGACACGGCAUCUCAGGGGUUGUCGAACAGUCAACAGCGUUCUCCUCGGACGUGGGGAGUUGGGUAGAAUAGAUCGCUCACAAUGGAUCCAGUCAGGCUACCGCCUCUCACAUUGAUUUCUCUGCUUUUAGACACAGCGGGCUCCGACUGGGACAUUUUUGGAACAAAGCAACGCUGAUCCAUAAAGUUAUGGGCCUUUUAUUGUACCGCAAAGCUUACUUAGGUGGUGGUGGUGGUGGUGAUGCUUCUGAUACAGACUAUGAAUUUAAUCAUGAUUAUGAUAAGGAUGAUGAUGAUGAUGAUGAUUAUAAUGCACUUUGCUUUAUGAAAGUACCUUCUAACUGUGGUCAGCCUAUACCUCAACUUUGAAAUUAGUAAAUUGUUUAAAAUGCGAAUGUGAACAAAAUAUUUUUGCUUGAUGGAUUUGUGUCUUGAAAACCUGCUUUUAAAAUGUGACAAUAAAAUCUUAUUUUUCUAAUCA